UUAUCUGACAGUAAUCUAGUGAGACUCCCCAAGGGGAUAGAUCGAUAUAAAAUCUAUGGGAAUGCGCCCUUAGAGUUCUCGAGGAACAACAAUCUUAAUUGGACAAAUAAUGUUCACUUGGGAAUCAAUUACAGCCUUUGUCCUGAAUUCAUCCAAACGUGAACGACAGCACUCGGAUCAGCUCUAAAAUGAAGACUUGUCGCAUUCUUAAAAAGGACAUGUCAAGUGGCCGGUAGACUGCUUACGUGCAGCGAUGAUAUCUCCUGCUAUUUACAGAGGCUGGGUGGUACUUGGGAUUUCAAUUCUAACAUUUAUGUCCUCAGCGGGCAUUGAGGCAUCCUGGGGGACGAUGAUCUUAUGUUUUCAAAAGGAUAAAUAUUUUCCGGAAUCGUCCCUUGCGCAGCUUGGGAUUCCUUUCACAGUGUACAGUGUAUUUAAGAUCUCAUUGAGUAACUUUGUGUUCAUGACUUUGUCUGGGGCUGGAAAACUUAGCCUUCGCCAGUUUAUAGCUGUCGGGGUAUCUUUAAGAGUGCUAGGACUGUUUCUGGCAUCAUUUGCUAAUGGUCCCCAUUCUGUGGCCAUAGCCUUUGGCAUCAUGUUUGGAACUGGAAAUGGAUUGUGUUGUAUAAGUUUGUAUUUAUUAAUAGUAAUUUGGUUCCCUUGGACACAUAGAUUUCACGUGUUUUCAGCCACUGCGCUGAAUGUUCUGGAACCUCUUGGAGGGUCCAUCUUUAAUAACGUUAACGCAAAGAUGUGUGAAACCACGUUUCUGGGGUGGCGAUGGGCGUUUAGAGUUUAUGCAGCUACCUUUGGAUGCCUUGGUCUUCUUCUACUUUUGGUAUUCGGGAAUCCUCCAAUGACGUCAUCAGAUGAACCAGACAAGGGCGCCGUUGAAGAAUCAGGUUUGUUACAGAAACCACCCUGGUCUACGUGUUCUAAAGUGGGCAUUCAUGGCUUAUGGGCCAUGGCAGUCUUCUGUAAAGGAUUCGGUUAUAUUCUGCCUUUUAUAAUACUGCCAAAACAUACGACUGACCUUGGCUAUACGGAAGACGAAGCAGGGUAUGUGAUGGCCAUUUUCGGAAUCAUGGGCAUGGUUAGUGAGGCGUUAACCUCUUGCGCCGGGGACUAUCUAAAGGGGAACUUGAUGGUGGUGAACCUGGUAGCAGCUACGGUACUCAUUGUCAAUAAUAUUGUUGCUGCGUAUUCGACUUUUUUGACGGCCAUAUUUGUAUAUGGUGCCGUAUCAGGUUUUAGCGUAGGCUGUAUGGUGUACUUUUCCGUCAACUAUGAGAUCAUGGACGGAGAGAAUGUUGAUACUUUAUUCAUGACAAUGCGCUUCAGUAAAGGUAUCGGGGCUGCUGUAGGACCAUAUUUGGCGGGUAGGAAUAGGUUUUCAGAGUGACAACAUGAUCAACGU